CAACAAAACGGUGCGUUUUGGCUCAACCCUAAACAGCUUCAAAGCCGUUUUUGUUUUUCAUCAUCGUCAUCAUCUCUCUGCGCCUCUCUCUCUCAAACUCUCAGAAUCUCGAAGAAAUCAGUAAAAAAUGGGGAAGAAGAAGUUCAUCGAUAAGAAAAAGGCGGCGACUUUCGAGUUAUGUCCUCGCGAUACGUCAGACCCAAGAUACAGUGACUCACCGGGCGGUGAUAAGAUCUUCUUACGAGUCGAUCAGAACCCUGUAAACAUCAAUGGUUUCAUUGAAGAAGAAGAAGACAACUCGCAGUUCGAAGAUGCCCCUGAAGAUUUGGAUUAUGGUCACUCCAGUUUUGGGGAUUCGAGUAAUCCUCUACCUGCUCAUGUGAGGAAGGAGAUUCUGGAGUUAGGGUACCCUGAUGAUGGAUAUAAUUACUUGGAUCAUUUGAGAGAGAUUAAGAACACUGGUGGUGGUUCUAAUUUCUAUGCUAACCCCAAGUUUGAGCUUGAUCAGCUACCUCGUGAUGUCAAGGCCUAUGAUGCUUCACGUGUUAAGAUCUCUGGUAUGGUGAAUGAAGAAGCUAAUGACAAGUCGAUGUACACUGUGGCCUCAAAGACUGUAAACGUCAAGGUGCAAAAAGCUAUUGAUCCUGAAGUGGCUGCGUUGCUUGAAAACAGUGAUGGAUCUGAGUUUGGUUCAGAUAUUGAGGAUUUGGAAGAAGAUUUUGUUAUUCAAGCUAAUCUUACUCAACAGGGAGAAGCUUCUGGUGUGAGCAAUAACGAGCUCGAGUUUUCAGAAAGACCCGAGGCAAGAGGUAGAGAAAGUGUUGAGUCGACUGAUAAACCUGUUGCUGAAAACCCGAGAGUUCCUCGUCAGAUUGAUGAGCUAUUUGAUCAGCUCGAACUCAAUGAAUAUGGCAGCGACAGUGACAACGGUGGUUACAUGGCUGAAGAUGGAGAAGAAGAGGAUUUUACCGCUCAAAGCGUUCACAAUCUUAUUUAUGAGAAGCCGAAAGAUUUUGAGCUUGAAGUAAAAUAUAUGAACCCUGCGGAUAUAUUGAAGAACAGUGACUCUGUAAAAGACAAAGAAGAAUUGGACUCUGCUGCUCAUAUUAUCCGUCGCUGUGUAGAGUACGGUGAGAAAUACGAUAACGGGAUUGAAGAUGAAUUUGUAGAGGUGGUUGAAGAAAGCAGCGAUGAAAGCGAGAAGUGGGAUUGUGAAACCAUAGUCACGACAUACUCGAAUCUUGAUAACCACCCUGGUAAAAUCUAUGCUCCAGAGACAACUAGGAAGAAGAAGCUGAGUGAAACAGUAGCUAAAGCAAUGAGUAUGUCAAAUGGUAAAAUCAUUACCCUCCAAGGGAAAGAGAAGCUACCGGUCGAGUUUUUACCCGGUAGGAAAGCUGAACAAACCGUUGUCAAAGCGGCUAUCCCAAAAGCUGAACCGGUCAAGAGGAAGACUCAUGGGCAAGAGUCGAAAGAAGAGAAGAAAGAGCGGAAAACUGCUGUAAAAACCGAAAGGCGAGAAGCGAGGAAGAUGAAGAAAGAGACGAAGGAGCUUUAUCGCGGUGAAACGCAGCGUGCUCAGAGAGCUGUUGCUGUUUCUGGUCCAUCUUCGAUUCAUCUAUAAGGCUAAAAACAUAACAUUCUCAGAGGCUGUUAGUUAAAAAACCAGGUUUUUUUUUUUAUCA